AUGCACUGGCUAAAGUGGUUUCUGUUGCUGGUCGUCUUCUCCCUCCUGCUCACCUACAUUGUUAUCCCCUUGGUAGCAAACUGGGUGAGCGGGUUCCGCGUGCGCGCAACCAAGCUGUCUCCUCUUUCGGCGCGAGGUCUCGAGUGGUACCAAAAGCACAACAACUCGUCACUACCCAGCCUCCGCAUUGAGAGGAUGCACUGGACAUGGGGAGGCACUUUGUCGAGCAGAAUCACCCUCAACAUCGAGGGUGUCACUGUUCGUAUACGCAAGAAGACUUCGGUCAAGAAGCCCAAAUUACCCAAAAAGAAGAAGAAGAUUCCACCGCAGGUGCAACGCCUUCUCAACUACUUCUUUCACUUUCUCGUUCUCAACUGGGCAAACGUCGCGGCCUUCUUCGCCAUUCGCGUCGUGGACAUCAAGGUCAUCGUUGAAGACCUCCAGGACGUAGAGAUCACGGUCAGCAAUGUCAAGCUGGCCAUCACUCGGGAGCCCCAGGCCCCACCACCUUCCACUUCUUUCAACCCCGACGAGGACGUUUCACCUCAGCUUUUUGCUUCUCCGCCCAUGUCGCCCUCGGUCUGCAGCGAAGGCGUCGGCGGCCAGUGGCCAUCGGUGGUUCCCCUUCGGUCACCCACCGCCCGCCGCAUGGAGAGUUUCCAUCGUCGGGCUUCCUCCAUCCACACUACCGUUUCCAAGACCGCCUCCCACAUUUGGUCGCACGCCAUCGGCAGCGCUGUCGACAGGGUGACGUUUUCGCUCAGCGUUUCCGAUGUCGCUGUCCUUCUCCCCCGGUCAGCAUCACCGGUGGCGGCGUCAAAUUCCUUGCCGCACCUUUCUCAAAAGUCGUCUAACGGGUCGCUGAACGCCUCGGCUCCUCGUGGCUUUGACCCCAUCUCGUCGCUGCUCAAGCUUCGCCAAUAUUCACCUCUUGGGAUCGAUGAGGGCUACGAGAAACUCCUUGCCAUUGAGAAUGAAUCGACACUCACAACGUGUAUUGGCUUUGGACCCAACCGGCCCAUUCUCACCGAGAACAACGUGCGUGCCGACGUCAAUGUCGGCCCUCUCCACCUGAGCCUUGAUGGUGUCGAGAAGCUGCAGGCACUGGCAGAGCUCAGGCCACGGGCCCCUCGACGGGCCCCGCCUCCAGAGUUCACAUCAAAGCCAUCAAUAUGGGAGCCCAGUGGCUUGCCGAGAAUUGUGCUGCACUCGUUGGAGAAGGCGUCCAUCUCGCUCGCCAAGGUGUAUGUGUCACACCUGCUGCCAGUGGCUCUUCCCUUGUCGACGGCGUCAUCCGCCACGGAGUUGUCUGCGGACAAUGUCCCUGCACCGGAACGGCCGUUCCACACCUUGUCGCUCGACUUUACCAACGUGUAUUUGAGCGCGGAGGGUACGAGCAAUCGCGUGCACUCGCAGCUCGUAAAGCUCUUUGGAACAAACACGAGCCCCCAGUCCCUGGUUCGAGGUGUCAAGGCCGAACUCCGCUGGACGGCCAUUGAGCUGCAAUGUAUCGCCCCUGGCGAGACCAGCAACGACAAGACGCAGCUCGUCGCCAUCCGCCAAGGCAAAUUUGACCUACUUUCCACCUGGCGUCCUGCUGGUUGGCAGUGGCAUGACUUGGUCUUUGGAGACGACCCCAACCUCAGUGUCGUCAGCUCCCGAGGCCACAUCUCCUCCAUCGACAUUGCCAGUGACCUCCAGCUCGUGAGCGAACUGGAACAAGCGUGGAGUCAGCAAAAGCCACCGCCAAAGCAAAAGACUCCUCGUGAGCCAAAGGCGCGCCGUGGUCUGCUCCCCAGGCUUCGUCUUCUUCUUGACACUGGACCCAUCUCGAUUGUGCUCGCCAACCGCGCGUCGAAAGACGAGGCGACGGUGACUCUGGCCACCGAUGGCAUAUCCAUGGGCUGCCACUCGACUUACGCCGACCUGCCGCCGCCAAGACCUUCAGCUCAGUCCAAGGUCGACGACACCGAGAACCUCAUGUUCACAGAGUCACCUGCGGGGAGCACCUUUAGCGCACCGAGUGUCGCUCCCAGCAUCAGCUCCUCUGCCCAGGCAACCAUCAACACUGAUGACGGCUACAGCGACGCGGGAACACAUACCGAGGUACUCCAGUCUGCCGCAGGUUCGCAGGCUGGUGAUGACGCCGCUGCCGCGUCGCCACCCCCGCUGAUGAUGUCACUCCGGAUGGACGCCAAUGUGGCUGUGGACCCCAUUUCAUUGCGUAUGUCUCUGGGAUCGCGUAACGAGAAGACGUACCGCGUCGCCACACUCGGCAGGGUCGUUACCACUGUUUGCGGAGACGUCUCAGCUUCGGAGCAGGUCGGCGCGGACGGCGUCGAGCUUUACACCCUCUUGCCUGAGACGCUCACGUCCUACGUCGAGGUGUUGUGUGAGGAUGGCUUGCGUGUCGAGCUUUGGCACAAGGGGGUCAUCGACGCCCUCGUGCAGCUUGCCAACAUGAAAGAACCGAGCCCACCAAAACCGCCGUCCAACCUACUCGACAAGUUGCCGUCUGGUGUGACCUUGCGCGUGGCGCUGGAAAAUGUCAGCGUCUUUGUAGGACACGAGGAUCCCAAUCCCAACUGCGACCUCCGCAACGUCCACGGCAUCUGGCUGCAGACCAUGCUGGUCGUCAACUAUGCUCACUACAAGCCUACCGGUGCCAAAGCCCGCUGUCGCCACCUGAGCGACCAGAGCAUACGAGACCAGUUUUCCAUGUACGACGACAUUACCGCCCAGGCGUACCAGAUGACCGAGCACCUCGAGGCACAGGGCGGCGACGCAGCCUUGUUCACCGUGUUGGUACACCACGUUCAUGUGCGAUCCGUCUACAACGGUGCUGUCUUCGUCGCCAAGGGCGGUGCGGACCGUAUCAUGCCUAAGGACGAUACCACGGUGGUUUACCCGCCGCCGCACGUUGGGGAGGAGUACGUCUGGUGGGGACGCCGAGGCGCCCAGUCCAAUCCUGCAUUCAAACACAACCAUGUGGCGAACAAGGGCGACUUUGAUUCCCGGUCCUUCCUCCGCCUGCCGAUCAACUUUUUCACAAUCUCCAUCCGCCGCACUCGUCCAGACGGCCGCGCCGAAACAUCAGUCACAUGUCGCAUCGAGCGUGUCCAGGUCGUUGGCUACAUUUCAGACAUUUACUGCUCGCUGCUUGCUGCCAAGACGAUCACUAAAGUGGCAGAAGCCUUCAAGAGGCCACCAGUACCCGCACAGCCAGUCAGGACCGCAAGCCCCUUGUCAUUCAGCCUCCUCGUCCCGACCGUCUGGGUCCACUUUACGUUUCCGCUGAAGGAUGAGCUGUUUGUGUCGAUGGCUCAAGUCAAUGUCGACAAGCCGCUGGACAAGGUCAUGGCCGUUGCGGCCAGUCAUGUUCUCGUCCACGUCCAGAGUGCAACCAACCCUGGCAUGUGGGACGAGUUGGGACUCAUCAAGAGGCUGAGCGUAGCUAUCGACCCUUCCAAGGCGAUCAAGGUCCAGGCUGUUGGCAUGCGUAUCCGUAUCCCGCACGCGUUCAUGCUCAGUCAACUCAUCUUGAACAUCAACGUCUGUUUCAAGGCGGUCAAGCUCCUUGCCGGCAACCUCAAGAGCAACGAGUUCCACACCGUCAGGCUGCCAGUCAGCGAAGCACCAAAGAUGGUGCCCAACCUCACCAUUGAGGUGGCUCUCUUGCAUCUCGAGGCACGUGACAACCCGGUCGAGAACAAGAUCAACCUCGCCAACCGUGUUGGUCUCAUGGAGCAGCGCUCGCGCCUCCAGCUGGAAGACAUGUUCGAACACAAGCUCAGCCUCCUCAGCGACCCUGAGACGCGCCCCAUCAACCAUCUCACGACCAACUCUACUGUCUCAGCAAGUGAGGCACGGUACCGUCUUGACUGGCACAUUUCGCGCAACUGGAUCAAACGUAUGAAGCGUGCCAAAGAGUACGAGCGACGGCGCGAGGAGUCCUUCCACAGCAAGAUGGCUAUCAAACGAGACAGGCUCCCGAUCCGCAUUCUGCCAUUGGAGCAGACCACACCACUCUUCCGUGCCGCCUUUAGCACUGUGAGCAUCAAGCUCGCUCCUCCGGCCCUCAGUCGCUCCGAAAUCAUCGACUACAUGGGCAGGGUGUCGGCUCCAUUCUCAGACGACGUCGGCUUCACGCUCAUGGUGCCCUUCGAGUUUGACUGGUCCAUGGGUGAGACCAAGGUCUCGCUGCGCGACUACCCGCUGCCUGUCCUGCGUAUUGAACCGGCCGCCAAGGGCCCCAGUUGGCGCGUCACGACGCUCUUUGUCAUUGCCGAGGAGCUCGCCGGCGAGGACUCGUGUCUCUUCAUUCCCUGCGAGGUCCUCCCCGAGCAGGCGGGCGACUCCAAGGCCAAGCCACUCUGGGUCCAGAUUGCUAAGACGAUCAACCCCGUCAAGACGUACGCCCGUCCCAAGGUCAAGAUCUACGCACCCGAGGCCACCAAGAUCACUUGGUGCAAUUCGUAUUCUGCGGGAUACUCGGAGCUGUCGCGUAUGUUUGACAAGCUGUCUAGCCCGCCUCGUGACCCUUCACCCAAGCUUGGUUUCUGGGACAAGAUGCGUCUCGUCCUGCAUUGGCGCGUCCGAAUGGAGUUUGCCAGCUCUGUGCGGUUCUAUCUCAAGGGCUCGGCGGAUCCGUACUUGGUUACGGGAUACGGAUCUGGCUUUGCCCUUGUCUUGCGUCGCAACGUCGCCAUCGAAGUGUGUCAGCCAAACAGGGAGCACGAGACUGUGCAGUUCAUGGCCGACGAGCUGCUUGUCAGCAUUCCAGAUCUCGCGUACCUCCACGACGCGGCUGCCGUCGGCACGGACACUGGGCCUGAAGACAUCAACGAGGUGGAUCGUCUCAUGAUCGAGCGCCGCAGUGUCAAACCAUGUGCUCGAUUCAUGAACGGCGUUCGCUUCGGACUGGGCUUUGGGUUUGAGCGCACUUGUCGACCAUGGACGUGCCACGGUUGUGGUGAGACGGACAACCUCCUCCAUCGCCAGUGUCGCCUCUUUCAGUUCCGCCCCCACAACAGUGUUGUUCUUCGCUCGCCACAGGCGAUUGAGCGCAUGGAGGCACAGGCCGGUCACGCUAUCGACUCGUACGAGGCAUUCCGCUCCGACUACAUCCACUUUUCAGUGUCCCUUGUGGCGCCGAGAGAGAACGAGGGAGUCGCACCGCGAGGAACGACGGCCGAGACUCACAACAGUCUACAUCUCAGUCCCAAGGCGUUUGCGCACUUCUUUGCGUGGUGGGGACUGUUCUCGUCCAAGAUUCCUGCCCCAAUUCGUCAAGGCCCGCUGUUUGCGGACACGCCUCCGCCGUCCAAGAAGUUUGGCAGGAGCAUGGGCACGAUCAAGUACCGCAUGGACCUCGCGCCUGUCUACCUGUCGCACAUGUACAACCAGGUGGCGGAGGACCUGUGGGCACAGGGCCGAGCACAAAGUCUCGGCUGCAAGCUCCGUAUCCGUCGUCUCCGUUGCGAUGGUCACCAGCGCAUGCAGGAGACACGCCAGUGGAACAAGGAGCUUGGUAACGUCAAGGUCAUUACGCACAAGCCCUUCUACGCUGUCGACGUCCUGUUAGACCAGAUCCAGAUUGUGGGGGUCGUCGCCGACUUUGAGGAGACGACCCCGUUGGUGCCAGAGGACGAGCCGCGUCCCCCUCCUACCGAACAGCACCCCAAGGCGUCUGAGCUGCCGCCUGAUCAGCGUGAAUGGUUCAACUCGUUUGACUUUAUCGAUGCCGACCGCAAACCGUUUGACCGUGACCCACGCAUGGAAAUUGUCGACCUCGGCGACUGCCCGCAUGUCUCCUUGUCCCGCCGUGUCCGGUGCCGCCGCACGAUGCCAGACCACGACGACGACACGUUCACCAACGACAUGGAGGCCAGCAAGUUUGGCCACGAAAAGACGCACGUCUGCUACCUGGGUGCUGCCCUUGGCAUUGGGCCUAUGCAGCAGCAGAUUGCCCAGGAGCGCGUCGACGAGCUCCAGAACAUGCUCGACCACUUGCCACCUGCGACUGUGGCCGAGGAGCGCAACCCUCGGGACAUUCGCCAGACCAUCAACCACCGCAUUGCUACGCUCAACCAUCAUAUUGAUGACCUCGACCACCGCGAGAGGCGGCACAUAGACGACAACACCCUCGAGCAGAAUGGGGACGACGAGUAUACUCGCGACGCCGACGGCGACCCGUCCUUUGAGAACACGGUGCACGUCCACUGCCCACGACUGUUCAUCAACAACAAGUCGCGCAACCUACUCUACAAGUACAACUACUCGCACAAGAACCGUCGCAAGGAAGAUUACACGACGUCCCAUGCGUCGCUGCGCGGUAUCCGUGACGGUAUCAACCGCCGCCUUGUCCGUAAGCAAAACGGUCUCAACAAGGAUGACCUCCCAGAGGACCUGCAAGGUGUCGAGUCAGGCAAUGCGCUCUUAGAGCAGCUAGAGGCCCUGAUCUCAGAUAACGCUGCGAGCCGUUUCAAGCUCGGGCAAGACUUUGUCGGCGACAAGGUCGACCUUCGCCGCACCGCACUUGGAAUCCCCGAAGAAUGCCAUAUUCACCCACACUGGCGUGCGAUUGUCCUCAAGCCCCAGAUGUCGUUCCGAAGCAAUGCCGAACCGGACGCAGUUGUCCUCGUCGCUGUGGAGGAGGUGUCGUUCCAGGGCUUUGCUAUCAGGGACCCGAUCGCUCUCGACCAUGUGUCCAUGAAGAUCCUGUCGCGCAACUAUAUUGCUCUUCGUGGUCUCCAAGCCUUCUACCCGACAAAGGAGGUGCUCCAGCGCAACCCCCAGACAUCGGCGGGAUCCGGUAGCAACCGACAGCUCGACUUUGUUCCUCUCGAGGUCUUCCUGGACGUUCGCAGCGAGACGACCGAGUAUGAACGUAUCGUUCUCAAGACGGACAUGGGCAUGUCCAUGGACCAGUUCAACGACCUGCGUGUUCCCCGUGGUCUGGAAUGGCCAAAGGCUGUCAACGAGCACGGCGAGCCGAUCAACCAUCUCCGCCGGCACCAAAACUGCGUUGCUGUCAGCGUCCCCAUGGUCACCGUCUCUGCCACCCCGACACACUACUCUGCGCUCUACUACAUCAUCACCGACCUCCUCAUGUACAAGGACCCGCAGACCGCCGCCUUGUCCGAGAAGAUCAACAACUUCAUGUACAGGUUUGACCAGCGCGAUCGUGACCCUCAACAACUGCUCUUGACCCUGUUCAUCAUGCAGCAGCAUAUCCGCAAUCUCACAGAGCUCCAGCGCGGUUACGAGGCCAACCUCUACCGUCUUACCGAUCAGGGCAAGGCCGAGCUUUUCAAGAUCCGUACCGACCUCUUGCACGAGUCUGAAUCGCUGUUCACGGUCUUUGAAGUCAUCAAUGCCAACCGCGCCCGCGACGAUGCGCAGGCCAAUGCCCGUACGUUGUCUCGCGUGGACGUCCGUGCCGGUAACAUUGCGUGGCACAUGCUGCGUGAAAACGGCGACCCUCUUGUCAAGCUCAACAUCAAGCACACGAUCGGUCUUAUGGAGCACAACCAGGAUGGCUCGUCGGACAACGCAUUGGUGAUGGGUGACCUGCAAGCGCUCAACAGCAACGCCGACGCCGUCUUCCCCGAAGUCAUCUCGCGAUACGACAAGGAUUGGCCAAAGAGCAGCAAGCGCUACAAGUCCAACAGCUACAUCUCGACCAUCCUCUGCCUCUUCCCGCAAGUGGGUGGUAUUGGUAUCAUUCGCCAGUUUGCGUUUUACGUUCACCCCACGCGGUUCCGCCUCGAGCAGGAAGUCGGCUCGUCCCUUGUCGACUAUGUCUUCAACGACAAGACGGGUCGCCGCCCCAAGCUCAACAAGAAGGACACCAAGGCGGCGCACAAAGAGGACAAGGACAAGGACAAGGACUUGUUGGCUCCCGCAGGAGACGAUGCGUCCGCGCUCAGCCGUACGGUCUCGCCGAACACGCUGGCGGUGGCGGCUCCGGCGAACGGACGCAACCGCUCCGCAACAGUUGUUUCGGCAGCCACAAACGACAGCGCGCGGAGCACACCGCUCGAUAACGUUCCCGACAUGGAUGCCGCUGAGAUGCGGCGCCGUGCCAACAUGAACCGGACGUUCAUCUCGGUGCUUGUUGGCUCCACGAUUCUGGUAUUGGACUACAAGCGUGACGACAACAGAAAGCACACGGGUCUCACAUGGCCUGAAUGUGUCGACUUUCGUCUGCAGGCGCCGCAGCUCGAGUACCACGACGAGAUCCUCACGUUUAAGGAGCUCUUUGACAAGGUCAAGGUCGACAUUCGUUCCUACGCCCUGUCGCAGACCGGAAACCUUCUCGGCCAGGUGUUCAAGAAGACGUCCGUGUUCCGGUCCAAGAAGAGCUUGCGCCAGAUCGCAGGUAUCAACACCGAGAUGCCGACGUUUUCCAAGCGCGCGUCGCCAAAGUCGCCGCUGCGGUUCACUGUCCAGCCCGGUACACCGCUUGAGAUUGACGAGUUUGGCAACACCACCAACGGCCACGCUAGCGCCGUGACUGGCCCGCAUCCCAACACCAUGUUCCGCUCCAUCUCGCGCAGGUCGGACGGCGGCAGCGGCCACGGCAGCCGGCCGUCGAUCGGCAGCAGCAUCGACACGCUCGGCGACGACGCCGACAAUGAGAGCCCCGGAUCAUCGCACUACGACAGGCCGCGGCGGGGACUGAUGGGCAGGCUGCGCAAGAGCAGUAAGCAGGACGAUAUGGAAGUCCUGGAUGACUUGUCGCAGAACCCAUACAUCAUCUCGCCGCCCGAGCGCACCGUUUCGCUCGAGCCGUCGCUCCUGAGCAGCGCGCACUCGUCGUCCAGGGGAAACUCGACACACUCGGGCUCGUCGUCCAACGACAUUUCCAGGCAGGUCACGCCUGACCGCGGUCGCUGA